UGCAGAUUGAUUAUGCUUAGGGUUAUCGCAUCAACCAUUGAAGCAUUACAUUAAUGACUUGGUUCCUCUGGGUGCCGCUGACGGCCGGUCCUCGUUACCUGCCCCGGAGAACGCCGCCUCCGCCGCCGAAAUCGCCGGGUUUUCUCCCUCCUUCGAUUCCGGCUCUGCAGAUCGCGCUCCUCGAUUCAAGAUUGGAUCUUGACGGACUACUCAGAUGUUGUAAAGCCACAAGAUGGACAAAAGGGAAUGAUCUCAAAUUUGCACAAUCACCUUCCCCAACCAAAGGUGUCUGGGAAGUAUUCAUGCAUGAAGCAUCAAUCAUUUGCACUAUGGUGAUUGGGAAGGCACAUGUACAUCGCACUGGAGGAUCGACCAAUGACGAUAAAUGUUGUUGUGCAAGUAAUCAGCUCUGUUUUAAGGCAUUUCAUGGCUUUUGAGCUUUUCAUUCAGCAUAUCGGAAGCACGUAGGAGACAUCUCCUUUCUUCGGGUUGCACUGCAAGAUGGAAACUGUUCUCUCAUCUACAUCAAUCAAAGCAGUGCAUAGAGUGUACAAUGUUGGACCUGC